UCACGUUAAUUGUUGGAUAGUGAGAUGAAGGUGCCAAGUGCAAUCCAGUCCAACACCAAUAUUGGUCAAAUUUGUCAGCCGUAACCAACCAACAAAAGAUAAAAUUUGUCAAAAUUAUCGCCAUUAGAGAUGGUGAAAAGGUGUUGAUAUAUAAGGUGACAAUAAUUUGCGUAUGCAUGUUGACGAGAAACAGUGAAACACACACAUUAAAGAGACGCGUAAACUAUACCAAAUUAAAAAAAGAGACACGUAAACUAUACCAAAUUAAAAAAAGAGACACAUACAACAACAAAUGUAUUAGAGAUAUAGAAGAAACAAAUUAAAGGAAUUGAAAUUAACUUUUGAAAGAAGAUGGGAAGCGAAGAAGUGAAGCUGUUGAGCUUUUGGGUGAGUCCAUUUGGUAAAAGGAUUGAGUGGGCUUUGAAACUGAAGGGUGUAGAGUAUGAGUAUAUAGAAGAAGAUAUCUUCAACAAGAGUAGUCUCCUUCUGGAGUUGAACCCGGUUCACAAGAAGGUUCCGGUUCUUGUUCAUGCAGAAAAAUCCAUCAUCGCUGAAUCAUUCAUCAUCCUUGAAUACAUAGAUGAAAAAUGGAAGCAAUAUUCAUUGUUACCUCAUCAUCCUUAUCAAAGAGCACUUGCUCGCUUUUGGGCUGCUACUGCUGAAGAAAUGUUCAGGAAGGUAGUAUGGAUUGCUUUGCGCAGCCCUACCAGCGGGGAUGAACGCGAGAAGGCUCUUAAGGAAUCGAGAGAAGUAAUGGAGAGAAUAGAAGAAGAGAUUAGGGGGAAGAAAUAUUUCGGAGGGGACAAUAUUGGGUACCUUGACAUUGCACUUGGAUGGAUCUCUUACUGGCUUCCUGUUUUGGAGGAAGUUGGAUCAAUGCAGAUAAUAGAUCCAUUGAAAUUUCCAGCCACCACUGCAUGGAUGACUAAUUUUCUCAGCAAUCCAGUGAUCAAGGACAACUUGCCCCCAAGAGAUAAGAUGCUUGUUUACCUCAAAGAUCUAAGAAGCAAAUAUAUAGUCUUAUAAUUAAGAUGCAUGAAUUGGUGAAGGACUAGAUUUGUUCCUCCAAAUUUAUGUAUGUGAUACUUUCAAGAUAUUUGGAUUGGUGUAAAGCAUCGGGUCAAAUCUCUGGCUAAGUUAGCAUUUUCUAGAUUUACUCUUUUGAAGUGGCUUUGAUCUUUGAUGUCAAUUAUCCUACUCUUAUGUAGCUUAACUAAUAAAUAUAUUUAUAUUGAUGGCAAUAAAUCAUAAUUCAAUGUCUUUA